UCACCUGUCUCAUGAUUUCAUCUUAAAUGUCAUUAUUUUUGAUUAAUUCCUCGUACAAUUUAUCUUGGUCACGAUUUCCACUAGACUGACUCAAUAAAUGUGAGACCAGAUACGAAUAGAAUCAUGUAUAAGGAACUGUUUUUAGUUCUUCUCAUUGCCUAUGUAGGGCAUGCAGCUCUUUGUAAGCCAAAAUGUAAGGUGGUAAAAGAAUGCCCCCCAGCUGUAUGUCCGGUUGGUACAAGGCGUGUUUUAGAAGGCUGUGCAUGCUGUGGUAGCUGCGAAGAAGUUUUAGAUGAAGGGGAUGAUUGCGAUCCUCGACCUAAACCGGAAGAAGAAAUCUCUGCUGAAGCUGACAAUAGAUUGACACCAAGAGUAUCGGAGAGUUUUCCUCAAUGUGGUAAAGGACUUACUUGCGACCCUUGUGUUAAAAAAUGUCAAAAAAAUGAUUAAGAAAAAAUAAAAAAUAUUGCAAAGAUUA